AUGGAAACUCUUUACAUCGAACCAUAUAAAGAGCAAGAUUUCCCAAGAUUGGUAAACCCUUCUGAAACUUUAUCAAGCAAACUAUCAACUUCCAAAUUCAAUAAAAUUAAUAGCCCUCCUACUUCUGUACAUGAUAGGCUUUAUAAAGAUUCCAUAAUUCGGCAGCAAACUAAAACCCAUAAAAACAGUCAGAAGUUAUCGAAUAAAAUUGAAGGAAAGCCACGAAAGGGCAUUGAAAAUAUUUUAUUGCAGAAAGGAAAAGUCCUUGAAGAGAAAAAAGAAAGGGUCAAAGAAAAAUGGGAAUGAAUAAGAAAACAAAAUUUCCGGUAUGCUCCAGAAAUCAAUGAAUUAUCAAAGAAGCUAGCCUAUAUAUCAUAUGCGAAGAAAGGGCAUUGAGAGUUGCCAAGAUGCUCUUCUAGGAGUUCAUCAAAUGAUGCAUUGAAAAUGAAGAAUCUAACUGAGAGAAAUGAUAAUGGAGGAAUGAAAAAGUAUCCUGGCCUAAAUAUUAAUAUUGCUGAUUUGCAGAAGUUUGAGCUGCCUUAUAAAAGCUUAACUUCAAGAAGCACUCAAAGAAAUUUUGAAAUCCAACCAGAUUGAAAUGAAGAAAAUGGCUUAACUGAAAGAAAAAUACCUAAAAGUUCUAAUAACGAUAAAGAAAAGCAGAUUUCUACAACGAAGCCAUCAACUUUAAUUAAGAAAUCAAUUGAAGAUAAUUCAUCUCGGCCAAGCUCCAAGAUGAGUUUCACUCAUGAGCAAUGCAUGGUAUCUCCGAAAUCUCAAAACAAAAGAAAGAAAUCUUAUGAGAACAUAAAAAUUUCAAAUAAAGACGAAUACAUUUUAAAUUUACUGAGCCAAAGGUCUAGAACAAAUACCCCUUCCAAUAAAAACACGCCAUCUCUAGAACCUAAAAAAUCAUCUAAUCCUCAAACUCCUAGACACUUUCCAAGUAAGAGCGAAAUUACUAUAGAUAAGCCCCCCUCAAGAAUUGUUGCUGAUUCAGCUCUACCAUAUUCAAAAUAUGCAAGAGAGAAUUUCGGUCAGGAGACCAAAAAAUUCGAACAUCGCGAUAUCUUAAUUAUAAAGUUUGGCUUGCCCGAUGAAAUUAUCCCAGUUGUAAUAGGGAAGCAAUAGCCGGUGAUUUUCUUAUCGGACUCCUCACUUUAAGGAAUCGAAUUUUCUAGAAGGGAGCUCUAUUUCAGGUGGUGAAGACUGGGAUCUUUAAGGUACCUGUCAGAACUAAGUAGGUAGCCUGAGCUCAAAGAAGAAUUGUUGGAAACCUUUUAAGACUAGAAUCUUUCUGCGAAGCAAGGUGAAGGUGGCCACAGUUUGGCGGGCCGGAGAAAGAUGACGCGAAUGCUCAGAGCAGCUUUGGAAGUAGCUGUGACAGCUGGCAACUUUCUAAUUGACUCUAAGCGUAAUAGUUAGCGAUUUAUUUUGACUCAGCUUUGCCACUAGAACUUGCGCAUCAUUAUAGAGAAUUAAUAAAACGAAGAUGCGAAGAAGACAAUAAUUUCUUAAUUUCUAAGCGUAAAUAG